CUGAAAUUAUUUUUUCCGUACUUGUCCCUCUAGUGAAGAAGUAACUUUUUUUUGGGUUAUAUAUAAUUUGCACGAGAGGCGACACUGACUUGCUCGUCUCGGGCGGAAGGAGUUUAGAGUAUAGGACCUCUAGAGUGCUGCAAGUGCUGCUUUGAGAAGUAGUAGAAAAGACCACUACAGCACACAAAAAUCCCCUCGUUCGUGUCCUUUUAUGCGGCACCGUGCCAGAGAGGAAGAAGAUCUAAUGUCGUCCGGUUCCAAGAGCUCAGAUUCCAGCGCCGGCGGCGGUGAUCGCGCCAGCAAGUACUCACACGGCUACCAGGCGACCAGCGCAGUGCAAAGGUAUCUAUCAAGUGAUGGGACAUAAUGAUGUCUUGAUAUGGCCCUCGUACGACCACCCGUGAUUCUAUUCAUGUUUCAAAUAUAUACAUGGCGAACUUGUUCAUCUUUUUCUCAACAUUCGGCAUAAAAAACUCAAUGCGAACUCAUUGUCACAGAGCAACCUCGAGUCAUCACGUGGACCACCGAAACAAGGGGAACGAGGAGCCGGACGCCAGUGUGUCGGAAGACGACCUCGGGGGCGGCAGCGGCAUGAGUUUCACGAAGCAACAGAGCAACAGCGGGCACGUGUCGGACGUUCCCACGCGGCCACCUAGUAGUUUAUCAAAUGCAAAAAUGUGUGGGUCUGCAAACUUGUGAUGCUGGUUGGCGAAUCCUGAGGACGCCACAAGUGACGGCUCAGCAUGACAAGUUUCUGAGCUUCUAAGUGUUGCCUAUUCUGCAUGAAAAACUGCGUUUCUGCAUCACGAUGACGCCGUGAGGACGACCACAGGGGGUCUGUCUCCAAGAAGAAGAAGAUCACAGAAAAACGGAGCUCUUGGGUAACGUGCAUGACAGAUUUAAGAGUCAUGACAGACAAGCAUGACAAACAUGCACUCUUCCAGACCCAGACAUUUCUGCAUUUGAUAUAGUUCCUCGUCCGGCAACGUAAGUUCGGCCUCCAGCAUAUCCUGAGUAAAAACGUACCCACACCAGAGUUGUAAUGCAGAUUUGCAAAGACAGGAAGACUUGUAAUGCGCAUCCCCAUGAGAGCCAUUUCCAAUCGUGUUUUGGAAUUUGUGAUGCUGUGAACAGGAUGAGCAGCUGGAUUUGUGAUGCGGCUGCACUUGCUAACCUGCACUACACUGCAGAGUGCAACUUGUCAUGCGUGACUCACAAAACUCCUAGGUUUGUGUUGCAAAAUCCUCAUCCUAACUCUGGUGUGGGUACGUUUUUACUCAGGAUACAGCAGCGAGACCGCGACCGAGGAUUUGUACAAGAAAAGUAGAAACAACCACCUCCGCAGGGAACUCGAGGACGACCCCGGGCUGGAAACCGUGCGGUUCGCGCAAAAAAUCUGCCUGCUGCUCAUCUUCAUCUUUGUCGUCAUGUUUAAGGUCUCGCAGAUGUUCGGCUUCGCAAUGACAGGGUAUAAUAGCCUAUUUGAUUUUGAUAUUUUGCCUUUUUGUCAUGCACUUUAAGAAGAGUAGUUUGAGUUUUUAUUUCAUCAAUUCCUGACAGACAGAAUGAUGCGUAGUAGUAGUUCUAGCUGUAGAUGAAGCUGCUACAUUUUGACGUGUUUCGUUUGUUAUGUGUUUGACCCAUGUUGGAGGUCAUCUGAAUUUCCGGGAACACGCAGUUUAUAUCUCAGUGAAAUAGCUCGUGUAGUUGUAUUCUACUGCUAAAGUGCGGUAGCGGCGUUGCGUUUGUCAUGUACAUGCAGUUACGGUUUGAUCAUGAAGAAAAGGCAAGAACAGAAGUUCAGCAUGACAAGCGUACUAAUGGACACACAAGUUGAGCACAGCUACACAAUCUUGAAUUUGUUCCCAACGAUACCGGCGCCUUCCCACCCUGGAUCUCCACGGCGUUUAUCGGGUUCAUGGUCUGCUUAUGGAUUGCAAAUGUGUCUGGGUCUGGAAGAGUGCGAGACUUGUCAUGCAGUUUUUGCCUGACCCAGAUCCUCUGGCAUGCAAGCCCUAGCAUCACAGAUUUCGAGUAGGUAUCCCACUGCCUAAUCCGCAUGAAACGUCCACUCUUUCGGUAACAAGAAGUGGGGCCUUUUCCUGGCGACGCAUGACAGAUUUUCUCAUGAUGUAGGAUUCGCAUCACAAACUCGUAUCCUUCCAGACCCAGACAUAUUUGCAAUGCAUACUGCUUGCUGUCCUGGGUCUUCUUCCACAUCGGGCGCGAAAUCCUGUCGGGGGAGGUCGACCUCAGCGCGGCGGGCCCGCCACCGGGUUCCACGGAACUGUCACAGAUGAAAGUCAAGUGAAGAAGAGAAUUCUGAGGGGAUUUUGUAUCGACUUCUAAAAGAGGCACUGGAAAUUAUAAACUUGAUUUCUUGAUACCGGAAAAAUAGACUUGAAACAUCAAAUGCAAAUUAUUCGUCACACGACGUCGACCAAAGUCGUGACUGGGAAUAUAAUUCUGGUCACGAUUUCUUGUCACCCGUUUACUAUGGUUUAUGCAACUACGAGAACCGUUAUUUAUCAUCACGUUUACACUUUUAUAACAUCGAAGAUGCGUUAAUCGUUUCCUAACAACAAAAAUAAAUGGUCUUGCGCAAGCAAGCGCACGACCACGACCCGUAUCAAUAUGUAAAAAUUGUUUCCAACUCCAACCAAAAUAAGUACCACCCGCUCGUCCCCUGAAGUAGGUCUAGUGGAGAUCGAGAUUUGUUUUACUGUAAAUGCAAAGAAGUAAUGUCCUCCGACGUAAUUUUUAGUACAGCUACAGCCGAGGCCGACUCUAACUAUCAACUGCAACUACGUCUCCAAUAGGGGGCAGCAAGUGCAGAAAGCUUGGAAGGGUUGGCAGACGACGUCCACAGGUCGAGGUUCUUGCAGGCGUGCGCGCGUACUUAUAUUCUUCGGGAGAUACAGAUAUUCAUCAUGCACCGCCGCGCUAGUCGAAGACCAAGAUGUCGGGACGAGAAAGAAGUGGGCCGAGACACUUCGUCGACAAUGAAACUUUAAUCUUCCACCUGUACAACCAAAAAGCGCCACUUCGCUUGGAGACAGAAGCUUCAAAUGUAGAAUAAAAGACUCCAAUUAAAUGCACGAAAAUGAUGAAAGCGACCAGAAUCGUCAGAUUUGUACCUUUCCUUACCGUCAUCCUCCUUGUCCAGUGGCAGAAGUAGGAACACCGCAGGCAGCCUACGGGGGAUCUGCUUCUGCUUUUGCACCGCCUCGUGAUCUACUUCCGCGUAGAUCUACCGUUCGUGGGCAGAGUGGAGAGUUAGUCGCGCGCCAUCAUCCCACACUCUCUUUCGUUUUGCG